GACGUCACCGCGUCAGCGGCAGAAAAUGCGUGCGUUGGAACUGGGGACGGAACUGCUGAAGGGUGGCCAAAUAAACACCGGAGAUGAAGGAAUGAAUAGAUUUUACCGUUUGAAGCUGCAUCAGUAACCCCCCCCCCCUCCAUAGUGAAUGUUAUCUGAGCAUCCUGGGAGAACAGCCUCUGUUAGCUGCUGCUAGCUAGCUAUAGCUGCUGGGCUUUAGGAGAAACAACAUGGCUGCUGCGGAGCUCGAAUGGAUCCCAGAGAGCCUCUACAACACCGCUAUCUCCGCGGUGGUGGACAACUACAGCCGCUCCAGGAGGGACAUCCGCUCACUGCCGGAGAACAUCCAGUUCGAUGUCUACUACAAGCUCUACCAGCAGGGCCGACUCUGUCAGCUGGGAGGAGAGUUCUGUGAGCUGGAGGUGUUCGCUAAAGUCCUACGAGCUUCAGACAAACGGCACCUCCUGCACCACUGCUUCCAGGCCCUGAUGGACCAUGGCGUUAAAGUGGCCUCCGUUCUAGCAAACUCGUUCAGCCGUCGCUGUUCGUACAUUGCAGAGUCCGACGCCCACGUCAAAGAGAAGGCCAUCCAGUUUGGCUUUGUUCUGGGAGGCUUUCUGUCCGAUGCUGGCUGGUAUGGAGAUGCAGAGAAAGUGUUUCUAUCGUGCCUACAGCUGUGCACGCUCCACAGCGAGGUGCUGCAUUGUUACCGAGCCGUGGAAUGCUGCGUCAGGCUGCUUCAUGUCCGCAACGGAAACUGCAAGUACCACCUUGGGGAGGAGACGUUCAAGCUUGCUCAGUCCUACAUGGAUAAACUAGCCAAACACGGCCAUCAGGCCAACAAAGCGGCGCUGUACGGCGAGCUCUGUGCCUUGCUCUUCGCCAAAAGCCACUACGACGAGGCAUACAGGUGGUGCAUAGAGGCUAUGAAGGAAAUUAGUCCAGGGCUGCCGGUCAAAGUAGUUGUAGAUGUUCUCCGACAAGCGUCCAAGGCUUGCGUGGUGAAGAGGGAGUUUAGAAAAGCGGAGCAGCUGAUCAAACACGCGGUGUUUCUAGCCAGGGAGCAUUUCGGACACAAGCAUCCCAAGUACUCCGACACGCUGCUAGAUUAUGGUUUUUACUUGUUGAACGUGGACAACAUUUGCCAAUCGGUUGCGAUUUACCAGACGGCCCUGGACAUCCGGCAGUCUGUGUUCGGGGGGAAGAACAUCCAUGUGGCCACAGCCCAUGAAGAUCUGGCCUACUCCUCGUAUGUUCACCAGUACAGCUCUGGGAAAUUCGACAACGCUCUUUUCCAUGCAGAACGUGCCAUCGACAUUAUCACCCAUAUCCUGCCUGAGGACCAUCUUCUGUUGGCAUCUUCCAAGAGAGUCAAAGCACUAAUUCUGGAGGAGAUCGCCAUCGACUGUCACAAUAAAGAAACAGAAGAGCGCCUCCUGCAGGAGGCCCACGACCUUCACCUCUCCUCACUGGAGCUGGCCAAGAAGGCCUUUGGGGAAUUCAACGUUCAGACAGCCAAACACUACGGCAACCUUGGGCGGCUCUACCAGUCCAUGAGGAAGUUUAAGGAGGCGGAGGAGAUGCACAUCAAAGCCAUCCAGAUCAAGGAGCAGCUGCUGGGCCAUGAGGACUACGAGGUGGCUCUGUCUGUGGGUCACCUGGCCUCCCUCUACAACUACGACAUGAACCAGUACGACGACGCAGAGAGGCUCUACCUGCGCUCCAUCGCCAUCGGGAAGAAGCUGUUUGGUGAAGGCUACAGUGGCCUGGAGUACGACUACCGAGGCCUGAUCAAGCUCUACAACUCAGUGGGGAACUACGAGAAGGUCUUUGAAUACCACAACGUACUGUCCAACUGGAACCGGCUGAGGGACCGGCAGUUUGCCGUAGCAGACGCUCUGGAGGACGUCAACACCACCCCCCAGCAGACCCAGGAGGUGGUCCAGGCUUUCCUCCAGGCGCAGAGCCUCGGCCCCUCCCGCCCAUGUCUUGGCUAACCCCCCCCACCCCCGAACACAAACACUCACCAUUUCCAAAAUGAAGAAAAUCAGACCAGGUUGGAGUCUGGAAAGACCCCUGAUGUGAUGCUUCGUUUGCUCACAGCCAAUUAGUCCAGUAGAUGAACUUUGACCUCUGCGGCUGCUCGGCUGCUGCCGACGCUGCUCACACACACACACACACACACAGUCAUAAGUGAGACGCAGCCAGGCGAGGAAACGGGACGGCCUCUCCUCUUCCUCACUCGCCUUCAUCCUCAUGCUGAGGAUCAGGGGGCUCCUUUAGGACGGGGGGGCUGAUGAUGAACACCCCUGAUACUAAACCGUGGUUACCAUGGCGGUAACACAUGGAUAUUUUUCACACUCAUCCAGUUACUCAUUACAGCUUAUUGUACUUUUUAGUUGAAGCUUCCUGUAACUUUUUUUUAAUUGAAGUGGACGUCAAUAAACUCCUGCUUUUCAACUGCUUGUUGGAGUCAAACAGCCAACAGUGGGAUGUGUUUAAACCA